UGGCUCCGCAUAAUUCUUCUUUCUCGCGUUAGAUUUAGUGCGAUUUCAUCAGAAAAACCCUAAGAACUCAAUAAAAGAGAAAAUCCCCAAUUCAAAACCCUAAAAAUCGGCGAUGGGUCCUAAUUUGGAGUGCAGAAUGUACGAAUCGAGGUACCCAGAGGUGGACAUGGCAGUGAUGAUACAGGUGAAAAAUAUUGCGGACAUGGGCGCGUACGUGUCGCUGUUGGAGUACAAUAACAUUGAAGGUAUGAUUCUGUUUUCAGAGCUCUCACGGCGUCGUAUUAGGAGUGUUAGUAGCUUAAUUAAGGUCGGGCGUAUCGAGCCGGUGAUGGUUCUGCGUGUCGAUAAGGAGAAGGGGUAUAUUGAUUUGAGUAAGAGAAGAGUUAGUGAGGAAGAUAUUGAGACUUGUGAAGAGAGGUAUAAUAAGAGUAAGCUUGUUCACUCGAUUAUGCGCCAUGUUGCCGAGACUAUGUCUGCCGAUUUGGAGGAAUUGUACAUUCAUAUUGGCUGGCCGUUGUACCGGAAAUAUGGCCAUGCUUUUGAGGCAUUUAAAAUCGUUGUGAAUGAUCCUGAUUCAGUUUUGAAUUCCCUUACCCGUGAAAUCAAAGAAGUUGGUCCUGAUGGUCAAGAGGUUACCAAGGUAGUACCUGCUGUGACAGAGGAAAUUAAAGAAGCUUUGGUAAAGAAUAUAAGGAGAAGAAUGACCCCUCAACCAUUGAAGAUUCGGGCUGAUAUUGAAAUGAAAUGUUUCCAGUUUGAUGGAGUUCUUCACAUUAAGGAUUCUAUGAGGAAAGCUGAGGCUGCAGGCAAUAAGGACUGUCCCGUGAAAAUUAAACUGGUUGCUCCUCCACUUUAUGUUCUUACAACACAAACGCUAGACAAGGAGCAAGGUAUAUUAGUUCUCACUAAGGCAAUAACUGCAUGCACCGAAGCAAUAGAGCAGCAUAAGGGGAAGCUUAUUGUGAAGGAACCUCCGAGAGCAGUGAGUGAACGAGAUGAUAAAUUGCUUGCUGAACACAUGGCUAAGUUAAGAAAUGAAAAUGAGGAGGUUAGCGGCGACGAAGAUAGUGCAGACGAGGAAGAUACAGGGAUGGGAGACGUCGACGUGGAAAAUGCUGCACCUGGCAUCAUGGAAUAGACAAGGUUGAAGCCUUUAGCUGUAUGGCUCAGCGUAUGCCCUUGCAAGCUAGGUCUGGCUAAAGCAGGCUUAGGACUACCUUACGUUUUAGUUAAUUUGAUUAAAUCGGUUUUUGUUAAAAUUGAUAGCUCGAUUAGAUAAAAUAUUUUGUUUAAUUAA